AUGGCUGUCGCUAUAUCACCGUCCGACUGCUCGAACCCGUACCUGUUUGGUGUUGCUAAUUCUUGGGAGACUUCAUCUUCUGGGCCACUUUCUAUGGUUGACGUUAUGUCUUACCAUUAUCCACCACUGCACUCCAAUGAUAAUGAGAUGGGAAUGCCGCCGCCUCCGAGCUUUAUACCCUCAUACACAAUUCCUUCACAGCAACUUUCGUCUUUACCGACGGUUGAUCAGCAAGCUUCUCUACUGAGCCAACAGCAUGGUAUAGAAAUGAAGGGGGUACACUCAGCACCAAAUAGUGUUUCUUUACUUGCUACGGAGGCCGACGAGCAGCAGCAACAAAAUGGAAGCGUGGGCGAGAAGAAAAGGAACAAAUUAGGCUACCACCGUCACUGUCGGCGUCGGAAGAUCAGGUGCAUCGCUUCACCUAAUGAUACACAAGGGAGAUGUAUCAACUGUAUUCGAUUGAAGAAAGAGUGCAGUUUCUUUCCAGUGGACCAAGGGUCUAUCGAUGAUUCACGGGGUAGGCAGGGGUCCAAGGCAUCCACAGGAGCAAAGGGGAACUCAACAACAUCUUCUCCAGCAACUUCCAUUAGCAAACCGGUGGAACAAUCUAAAAAGGCGAAACCAUCAUUCGUUCCAUCGGCAAAAAGGCCGCUCCCUAUUACUGUUCCGACGACGGGAGACGCCACUGGAGCUAUGGGGUUCCAACCUCAGACGAUAGCUUCACUACCAUCUCCCUCAAGUAAGACUCCUGUUGAAACGUCCAACCAGACAUCAGCCAGCUGGAUGAUCACGGCACCUGAUCAGAGCCCAAGCACAUCGUCAGAAUUAAGUGCGCCAUGGCAAACAUAUGCCUCAGGGUCGCCAAUGAGCACGCAAUUUUCGCCAUUUACAUCUGUAGCACAAUCUCCGUCUGGCUGGCCACCUGGGACCUCUGAAUCUAUACCUCAAGGAAACGUUGAUACGGCUUGGGGUCAUUUUGCACCACCGGCGCGGUCCAUGUCGUACGGGGGAGAGCCCCUCAACAACAAUCACCCUUCUCAAUACUCUUUGAUGGCCCCCGGUCGCCAAUUCGAGCGAAGAUCAUCUGCCUUGUCCGACGCAUACACCACUUCCAUGAAUGGUGUGGUUCCUGGGUUUGAUGGCUCGAACGUGAACACACCAAUACCCUUUCCACCCGGGGCAGUACCCCCUGCGAACUACACAACGUGGGACCAAACAAACGCAUACACCGACUACACAUAUAUGAAAGGCCAUGAAGCCUACGGUCACGACUGGUCGCAGGCGAAUAGGGGGCAAGAUCAUGGGCUCCAGCUUCCCAAUGAUGGGCAGCAAGUUAUGAACAACGCGCCACUCAUGAACUUAUAUCAGUCACAAUAA